GCGCCAUCCUAUCGGAAGCAGGCGCCACGGCGCCCCGCCCUCCCUCAGCGAGAGAGACGGCCUGCAGGCUCCUUGGCAACGGACGCAACCACCAAGGACCCGGAAGCAAAACCAGGGGAAGGCGGAAGUACUUCUGAUCCCGGCAGUUGGAUUCUGAGGGAAACAGGAGGAUGGAGCGGCUGCCGGUGGCGACUUUUCUGACGGUGCUGCUCUCCUUCCUGGCCUCUGGGCCGAGCCUGCUGCGGGGCCUGCCGGGAGACCUUUCUUCCGCCUUUUCGCUGCGCCCCGAGGCGGUGCUGGAGGGGCAGGUUUAUAGGCUGGUGACCUACAUCUGUGUAUAUGAGGAUGUGAUCUCCUUGGUAUGUGGCGCCAUCAUCAUUUGGUACUUCGCUGGCAGCUUUGAGAAGACUGUGGGCACUGUGAGACACUGCUUCCUCACUGUGGCCUUUGCCGUUUCCUUAGCUCUGCUCUACCUGAUGCUCUGGGCCGCCCUUUCCAGGCUCUGGGAAGUGGCAGAUGCCAAAGGCUUUGUGCCUGUGGCUUUUGCCAUGCUGGCUGCAUCCGUUGCCCGCUCCCAGAUGAGGAGGACACUGCUGUUUGGAGUCAACAUCCAUGUGACACUGGUACCGUGGGUCCUGAUUUGCGUGGCUUGGCUUAUUCUAAGCUCCUCUCUCCUAGGGAAUAUCUGCGGCCUCUUAAUUGGAGACAUCUAUGGUUACGGCUACUGCUUCGGUGCAGAUCUCCCAGAAUCAACAGUCUCCCGUCUGGAUAAAAAGUUCCCUUUCCGUUUGCUGAAGAGAAUACCAGGAAUGAAGUAUGUUCCAGGGUCUGUAGCAGAGAGAAGGGCUUCUCAGAGCAGGAAGCUAAACCCACCACCCGGUUCUUACCCCACUCAGAGCUAUCACAGUUCCUCUCCUCCCUCCUUGCUUGCUGUUCAUAUGCAACACCCCAGUACAUGCCCUCCUGGAUCUCAGCCACAGUGCAUACCCGCUCCUGUGCUGAAUCAGUGCACUGGUUCCCUUGGAGGGUCAUGCAUCCAGCACCAUUUCCAAUCUCCGCCAGGAUCCAUCUCGCAGCAUUUCAGUGGGUCUGACUCGGGGGGACCCAAGAGGACAGAUUGCUCCAGUGUCCCCCAUGCACCUGGAUUUCCAGCUGCUGGAGCAGCAUCAGAAUCAGAGCUUUGCCGAGUUCACGUAGGGUGAAAUUCCUGUUUUCUACUGCCUGCAAUUCAUGUGAGGAUCGGCAAAGGUUUUCCCUCCAAGAUGGGAGUCUCCUCCAGGUGGAUGAAGGAUUUUUAAAGUUCUAAACAGCUUCAAUUCAAUGUACCAAAGAAACCACCUUCUCUCCAUGUCUUGUGACAUCCCCUUAGAAUCAGAUGAUGGUAUUCUCUCUACUCGAUCAUCAGUGUAACACAGAGAGCUCCACAAGUUCAGGGCUCCAUCUCCUUGUUAUACCUAAGCUUGAACAAUCUUACAAAAUGAUUUCAUGUGGUUUAUC